UGUGGUUUCUGAGCGCGGACGUGUGUGUGUUCAUAUACAUAUGUAAGUAUUACUUACAAAGAACCUAUACUUACACUUCAUUAAACGCUCUUUUUUUUUUGUUUUUUCUUUUUAGGUUUAAAGUUUUAAUAGGACGGCUCGAUAUAGAUUACCUCUCCUAUAUAUAGAGCCGAAAUUAGAAAAUUAGAGAAUGCAUAAUCAGGCCAUGAUAAACGUAUCUCGCGCCCUCUCGCCCGCGCCCCCAUCUGGUCCGGGGUUUGUGGAGAGCGCGUGAGCAGACACCCAGUACCAGAUCGGAAGCAGUAGUGAGUGCACGUGUGUCUCGCGCGGUCCUGCCUCAGAGGCCGUGGCAUCGCUACCUGCUGCCUGGAUUUCAUAUCGCUCCUUAGUUUAAUUCAGAAGCAUUGGAGAGUAUUACGAUUGGCGGUAUUAUAUCCCACAGUGUCUUGGAUAAUUGGUAAAUCCUUUGGGUGAAUAUGGAAGAUUGAUAACUGGUUCCAUGGUGUAUUUGUAAGCAUGUGAUCUGAUUUUAUCACGUGGUUAACUUUUGGACAACGACGGAUGAUAUGAAUUGAUUUAGUUCAUCCGUGACAUGUGUACCGCGUCAGCGUAAGAGCAUCCACGAUCCACCCUCACUACAAGGUGCCCAACCACUGCAUUUGCUAUUGACACCAGAUGUGGCUGGUCCUUAAGAACCCACUAGAAGGAAGCUGACAUGGCACCUAAACGGAAGUAAAAAGCAUACACAGUUACACCAGGCAAAACUGGGCACAGUGUAUCAAGUGAUGGACUCUGAAUGACAGUCACUGCUUAAGUGUAAGAGGGAAAAUUAAAGAGAGAAAAAAGAGGGAAAAAUACACUGAAGUGAAGCAGGAGAAAAAUAAGAAGAGGUCAAGUAUGACGCCUACCGGAUCGUUACUGGUAUGCGCACUGUGGAUGGCCAGCCUCUGGUCCUGCUCUACGUCUGACCAGGAGGGAGCCCGAUGGACGAGCAGCAACAAGCUUGGCCCUGGGGAGGUCAGUGCCAAGGUGCCAAGUGAAAGGUUCGUCACGCAGAAUAACAGCGUCGUCACUGGGCAGGUUGGGGCCUCGGUUGUCCUGCACUGCAAAACGUCCAGUGCCACGGGAGGGUUGGUUUCGUGGAUAAGGAAGCGCGACUACCAGCUGUUAACGGUGGGGCUCCAGACUCAUUCCAGCGACGAGAGGUUUACUAUUAACUACGUGCACUGGAUCAUAUUCAUAAACUCUGCCAAGGAUAUCCUUUUAUAUGCCUUCGAGCAACUCAGGAAGCAUGUUAAUGUGAACAUCACUCGAGGGAGACGAAACUUGAGAGCAGUAAUAGGAGAUGAAUAUGACUUGCAAGACUAA